AUGGCGCCCAAUACCCCGUCGCUCUUCCGUUCGCGGGAGAUGCAGCUCACCCAGCUGUACAUCGCCAACGAAAUCGGCCGCGAGGUUGUCUCUGCACUGGGCGAGCUUGGUUUAAUGCAAUUCCGCGACUUGAACCCGGAAACAACUGCCUUCCAACGCACCUUCACGCAGGAGAUCCGCCGCCUCGAUAAUGUCGAACGCCAACUGAACUACUUCCGCUCCGAGAUCGAGAAGAAUGGCAUCGAAAUGCGCUCUAUCUACGAAUUCAGCAAUCAGAUGGCAGCCCCGUCUGCCUCUGAAAUUGACGAGUUGGCAGACAGGAGUCAAAGCUUGGAACAGAGGAUUCGCAGUCUCAAUGAAAGCUACGAGACGCUGAAAAAGAGGGAGACAGAGCUUACAGAAUGGCGCUGGGUGCUCAGAGAAGCUGGAGGGUUCUUCGAUCGCGCUCGUGGACAAACGGAGGAGAUUCGCCAGUCUGUGGACUCCUCGGACGAUGCUCCGUUAUUGCGAGACGUGGAGAAUGCGAACGGCUCUGCUGAAGCUGGCCAGCAAAGCUUCAGCGUUAUGAACAUCGGCUUUGUUGCUGGUGUCAUUCCACGUGAGCGAAUGGGAGCUUUUGAGCGGAUUCUUUGGAGAACGCUUCGUGGCAACCUCUACAUGAACCAAUCCGAGAUUCCAGAUGCCAUCUUCGACCCAGAGAAGAACGAGGAGGUUCACAAGAAUGUCUUUGUCAUUUUCGCACAUGGCAAGGAGAUUAUUGCCAAGAUCAGGAAGAUCUCUGAAAGCUUGGGCGCGGACAUCUACAACGUGGACGAGAACAGCGAGCUUCGUCGGGAUCAGAUCCACGAGGUCAACAGUCGCCUGCAGGAUCUGUCCAACGUCUUGGGCAACACCAAGCGAACGCUGGAUGCGGAAUUGACACAGAUCGGACGUUCUUUGGCUGCGUGGCUGAUUGUCAUUAAGAAGGAGAAAAGUGUCUAUCAGACUCUCAAUCGCUUCUCGUACGAUCCCGCCCGAAAGACUCUCGUGGCCGAGGCUUGGUGUCCGACAGACUCACUUGGCCUGAUUAAGUCGACCUUGCAAGAUGUCAAUGACAGGGCCGGUCUCUCCGUACCUACCAUCGUCAACCAGAUCAAGACAUCGAAGACGCCACCGACCUACAACAAGACCAACAAGUUCACUCUUGGAUUCCAGACCAUCAUUGAUGCAUACGGCACUGCAAAAUACACCGAAGUCAACCCUGGGUUACCUACGAUCGUUACCUUCCCAUUCUUGUUUGCUGUCAUGUUCGGUGAUUUCGGCCACGGAAUCAUUAUGACUUUGGCAGCGGUUGCUAUGAUCACCUUCGAGAAGCCUCUUCAACGCGGCAAGCAGGACGAGCUUUUCGGAAUGGCCUUCUACGGACGUUAUAUCAUGCUGAUGAUGGGCAUCUUUUCUAUGUAUACUGGCCUUAUAUAUUCGGAUGCCUUCUCCAAGGAAAUCCCUCUGGCCCAGAGUAUGUGGACUUGGGAGUUCCCUGACGGGUACGAGCCCGGCAAGACGAUCAUCACUGCAAAGCGAGUCGAAGGCUACACCUAUCCAUUCGGUCUGGACUGGAGAUGGCACGAUACUGACAACGAUUUGCUCUUCAGCAACAGCUACAAGAUGAAGCUCUCCAUCAUCAUGGGCUGGGCGCACAUGACAUACUCACUGUGCCUUUCGUUCAUCAAUGCUCGCCAUUUUAGGUCACCGAUCGACAUUUGGGGCAACUUCGUUCCGGGCAUGAUAUUCUUCCAGGGUAUCUUCGGGUACCUCGUCCUGACUAUCAUCUGGAAAUGGUGUGUCGACUGGUACGCGAUCGACCAGCAGCCACCAAAUCUUCUGAACAUGCUCAUCUACAUGUUUUUGUCCCCCGGCACAGUCCAGGAACAGCUCUAUUCUGGCCAAGGCGCUGUGCAGGUCAUUCUCCUCCUGCUUGCUGUUAUCCAGGUUCCUAUCAUGCUCUUCUUGAAGCCGUUCUACCUGCGCUGGGAGCACAACAAAGCUCGUGCACAAGGCUAUCGUGGCAUCGGCGAGACGACUACAGUUUCUGCCCUGGACGACGAUGAAGGCGAACAUGCCAACGGAGAUGCCAACAGACCAAGCUUCGCCGAUAGCGAUAUUGAUGGGGCCGUAAUCACUCAGGACAUCGGUGCUGGGGAAGGCGAGCACGAGGAGUUUGAAUUCAGCGAGGUGAUGAUUCACCAAGUCAUCCAUACUAUUGAAUUCUGCCUCAACUGUGUCUCCCACACAGCCUCUUACCUCCGUCUGUGGGCUUUGUCUCUGGCCCAUCAACAGCUCUCCAUCGUGCUCUGGACCAUGACGCUCAAAAACGCCUUCGCCUUCGAGGGUGCCCUCGGCAUCUUCGCCAUCUUCUUGGCCUUUGUUCUCUGGUUCGCUCUGACUGUCGCCGUUCUGGUAGUGAUGGAGGGCACCAGUGCCAUGUUGCACUCCUUGCGACUGCACUGGGUCGAAGCAAUGAGCAAGCACUUCAUCGGCGAGGGUGUGGCGUUCGAGCCUCUCAACUUCAAGGAUAUGCUGGAAGAGGAGUUGACCGAGUUGAAGUGA